UGUCAUUUGAAGAAGUGAUAAAUAAACAACAUGGCUACACGUGGAGUUUUCUUUGUUCUGUGCGCCUGCGUUCUGCAGUUGGCUUUGUCCCUAACAGAAGAGCAUAAGGUCCGUAUCCAGGCAACCUUCGAGACGGUUGGCGAGAAAUGUGCCAAAGAGAACAACAUCACUGAGGAGGUCAUCGCUGCUUUCAAGAGCAGGGAGUUCCCCGAGGGUCAGGAAGCAGCCUGCUUCAGCGCCUGCGUGCUCAAGAAUAUCGGACUGAUAGACGACGAAGGCCAGCUAUCCCGGGAAACAGCAGUGACCAACGCCAAGGACAUUUUCGGCGAUGGGGACGAGCUCAAAGCCAUUGAAGACUUCAUAGAAACCUGCAAAGAUUCUGUUGUGGACGGAGCAGACGCCUGUGAACGCGCCAAACUUGUCUUCAAAUGUUUCGUGGAGCAUUCAGAAAAGUACGAUUUCUAAACACAAGAAGAAGACGCUCGGCUGGGAUUUUUAUGGAAACCUGAUGAAAUUAUUUAGUUAAGAAGGCAUUAUAAAAUAGGAUUGUGGACAUUAAAAUAUCAUAAAUAUUAAAUAAG